CAGUUCUGAUCAGAGAUGUCCACUAAACUUUAAGGAGAAAAAACUAAUUUUUUUCUAUUCUUAUUCCUGGAUAUCAUGUGGCAGAGGAGGGCAGUUGCUCUGGACUAAUAACCAAAAAGUGAGCACUGAUGGGACACAGGAGAACAACACACCUGAAGAAGUUUAUGUCUUUGCAACCUGAGGAGCCUCACAUUAUCUGAGGCUGUGGGGAGAUUUGAUUGUUGAUCUUUUUGAAGCUUUAAUGUUAAACAAAAUAAUGUUAUCUCUGCAGGGAAUUUAUGCCCUGGCUCUUUUUCACUAUGUAAAGUCAGCUGUUGCCCUGAUAGACUCUGAUGACGUCAUCACCCGAGAUGAGCAGAUCUUUGUUCUGAUUGGUGCCCAUGCAAGGUGCGAAAGGAGCAUCCGGGCACAAAUGGCCCUCAUUAAAGAGGGGGAUUGUGCUCCAGAGUGGGAUGGGAUUAUCUGUUGGCCUCGAAGCAGAGCGGGCCAGCUUGUCUCAGUGCAGUGUCCAGCGUACAUCUAUGAUUUCAACCACAAAGGACGAGCCUACCGCCAGUGUGAUGUGUCAGGGAUCUGGGAGCUGGAGCCCAGUAACAACCGCACAUGGGCAAACUACACGGAGUGCACCCGGUACUUGACCUCAAACCACAGAAAUGUGAAGGAGAAGGUGUUUCAGCGGCUCCACCUCAUGUACACUGUUGGUUACUCCAUUUCUCUGGCAUCAUUGUUGGUGGCCAUUUUCAUCCUUUGCUAUUUCAAGCGCCUCCACUGCACACGCAAUUACAUUCACAUUCACCUGUUCACCUCCUUCAUUUGUCGAGCUGUUAGCAUCUUUGUGAAGGACGCUGUGCUCUACUCCGUAUCUGAUGCCAACAGAGCUGAGUCCGAGUUUACAGCAGUGAAACCACCCAUGGCUGGUUGUAAAGCUGCUGUUACUCUCUUCCUCUAUUUCCUGGCAACCAAUCAUUACUGGAUUCUGGUGGAGGGAUUGUACCUCCACAGCCUCAUCUUUAUGGCUUUUCUGUCUGACAAGAACUACCUUUGGGCCCUUACCAUCAUGGGCUGGGGUGUUCCAGCCGUGUUCGUUUCCAUUUGGGUGAGUGCGCGAGCUUCUCUGGCAGACACUCAAUGCUGGGACAUCAGUGCCGGAAACCUGAAGUGGAUUUACCAAGUUCCUAUUCUGGCAGCCAUUGUUGUAAAUUUCUUCCUUUUCCUGAAUAUAAUUCGUGUUCUGGCCUCUAAACUGUGGGAAACCAACAAUGGUAAACUGGACCCUCGACAACAGUACAGGAAGCUCCUCAAAUCCACCCUGGUCCUGAUGCCUUUAUUUGGGGUCCAUUAUAUAGUGUUUAUGGCCCUUCCCUACACUGAGGUUACCGGGCUGCUGUGGCAGGUGCAGAUGCAUUAUGAGAUGUUCUUUAACUCCUCCCAGGGGUUUUUUGUGGCGUUUAUCUACUGCUUCUGCAACGGCGAGGUGCAGGCUGAGGUUAAAAAGGCUUGGUUAAGACGUAGCUUGGUGCUUGAUCUCAAACAGAAAGCCAGGAUGACGAGCAGCGGCGGUGGAAGCUGCUACUAUGGCGGCAUGAUGUCUCAUGCCACCACUCAAAGUGUCUGCAUCAGUGCCAGUCACCCUAGAGCUCUUUCCUUCACUGGAGGAGUGACAGCAGGCUCAGGAGGGGCGGCUGGUGGGUCAGGGAUCAGGCCGCCUCGUCACUCUGCUCCGUCUCCUCUCCAGCUCAAUCAUAGCAGUCCGGGUGUGUUCGUUCCCAGCACCACUGGGACCUCAGGCCCCCAGCAGGACCUGGCUGAGUGGAAACUUUGGAGGGCUGAGACAGGGAAUGAUAACUGCAGCAGCAAUGGAGCAGAAGACCCUGAAUGCACCUUAUCGGUGAAGGAGUUAGAAACCAUUUUGUAGUCAUGAAUUGGAUGGGAAAUUACAGACGGCGCCAUCCAAAAGUUUUCAUACCUCAUGUCCCAGUUGUUAUCAAACAUAUAUAUGAAGACUUUGUUUAACAGCCCAGGGGAAUGCUUCAAUAAAAAAAAAGUGAAAAAAAAAAAUAAAAUAAAAAAGAAAGAUUUUGUAAUACAUCCCUCAAAUCAAUAUACUUCCUGGUCUUGGAGAUAAAUGGAAGUAAAUGUUGUUUCUGCUAAAUGAAAAGGAUAUUUCCAUCUAUUUCACAGUUUAAAUGAAAAUGCUUUAGAAAUGUGAGCUUUGUGUUUCCAAUUUUUCAAAGACUCAAAUCUCAGUUCUUUGUUGUUGUUUUUUUGAGCCUCUAUUUAAUUCCCCUCACCCUGAAUCCCGUUAUUGAAUUUUGUUUGUACUCACUGUUCAUGUUAAAGUAAUGUGAAAAGAUUUGUGUUCAAACGGUAAAAAUGUGAUGCUGGAAAGGAUUUUGUAGGCCCCCACAGAAUCUCUGAACGUAUAAACAGUGAGAUAUUUUCCAGGGUGACCCUUCUCCCUGAUCUCAUCUGCCCAGUGUUUGGUUUUCCAGGCCCCUGUGGAGAACCCUCAGUCCAAACUGUACUUCCGACGAUGCUCCCUUUUCCAAAACUAGACCUCCACAUGGCAUGCAUUACAGAGACAUCAUACAGUAACUCCAGCUCAUAUAACAAUCUAUCAAUCAACAUCUCAGGAUUUUUUGUGUCAGUCGAGUCUAGACGGCGUGUCUAGACAAAUUUCCCUCCUUGUUGUUGCCCAAGUUUUCUGAACGGUCCCAUUUAUCAUCGCCACAGGACUCACAGCGCUGGUUUUUACCCUCUAUCCCUUCCUCCGGUGUGACCUCUGCCCCGAGUUCCCUCACAAGGCCUUCCAGAAUGUCACACAUGCUCUUCAGGCCGCAGCUUGGAGCAACAGACACCUGAGUUAUUUUGGAGCAGACAAAAGGACUGCAUCUGUAAAUAUUGUAUGACACUCACUCUGUGUUAUGUGUUAACUCUAAAAAAAAAUGGGAGUCUAUUAUAAUAUUUCUA